GAUCCCACAUCAUCUGGUUGAUUUUUGAAAGACUACUAAACUAUGUAUAAGAACCAGCUGCAGGAGCUGGCGCAGAGAAGCUGCUUUAAUCUGCCGUCCUACACCUGUAUUCGGGAAGGUCCUGACCACGCGCCCCGGUUCAAGGCCGUCGUUAACUUCAACGGCGAAACCUUUGACAGCCCCCAUUACUACACCACCCUCCGUCAAGCCGAGCACGCCGCCGCCGAGGUCGCCCUCAACUCCCUCUCCACCCGUGGCCCUUCCCAUUCCCUCGCUGCCAGAAUCCUCGAUGAGACUGGUGUAUACAAAAACCUCCUGCAAGAGAUUUCACAAAGAGUUGGAUCGCCUCUACCCCAGUACACAACUUUCAGAUCUGGACUUGGACACCUACCAGUUUUUACAGGAACAGUAGAACUAGCUGGAAUUACUUUCACUGGUGAACCUGCCAAGAACAAAAAGCAAGCUGAGAAGAAUGCUGCUCUGUCUGCUUGGUUUUCAUUAAAGCAAUUGGCACAACAAGAUGCCAGUUCAUCAUCGGAGCAAGAGAGCAGUGACGAGCAGGAGCAAAUAAGAAUCGCAAGGGCCCUGCUUAAUUACAAACUGAAGGAGAAAAUCAAUGUGGCUAACUCCAGCAAUGCCUCAGCUCCAUUCCAAAAGAAAUACUUCAUGCCUCCCCCUCGACCAUCAAGUCCACAGCGUCCGGCAGCUACAUCCAAAAUUCUUCCCUUUUUCAGCCCUAAAAGUGUUUAUCAAAAUACACAACCUACAGCCAAAAAUGAAACUCAUGCUGGGCCUGCACCCCCAUUGCCAAAGAAUCCUUCCUCAUCAGAAGCACGAUCUAUUCACUCUCAACGCUUUCCUGUUAGAGAGGCUGCUCCUUAUGUCCCUUUCAGACAAUAUAGGUCACCUUAUGCUGGGAUUGCUCCUCCAGUCACUAUGAGAACAUCAAUUCCAGUUUACUCGGCACCACCACUUUCAACACCAACCGCAGCAGGUCAGCCUCGAACAAUGCAGUCACGCCCUGUGCGAAUGGCCCCACCAGUUUCCAUCAGACAAGCUGUUCCAGUCUUUGCUGCUCCACCAGCUGCAAAAGGAGAGUUACCGAAUAGUAUAGCAUGUAGUUUGUUAGAAAAAUCCCCACCAAAGCAUGAGACUUCAGGAUCUGAGCCUAGCAUUGACAUUCAAGAGGCUACAGCUUUAAGGUGCUUGGAGCACCUUGAAAUUUGAUGGUAACUGGAAAGACAUGAUUGUAGAAGUAACUUCAUUUGUGGUUUAUUUAGGCUUUGCAUCGUAGUGGCUAUCAGCGUUCAGUUUUAGCUCCUCUGUCAUGCGUUGAUUUACCAAUGGCCUCUUCUUUCAACUUGUCACUUCCACCUGUCAUUUUGGGCGUAUCGUUCCAAGAUUAUACUCUCUCCGCCCCAUAAUUAUUGUCUAGUUUGGAUUUUCAUUUUUAGUAUAAUUUGAACUAGAAAUGAAAAUUCAAACUAGACAAUAAUUAUGGGACGGAGGGAGUAUCUGUUUUUCCGGGUAGAAUGGCUACAAGCUGAAAAUUGCCUGUUCGAUCAUUCUUAAAUUUGCUGUAUAAAGUUGAAUUUCCAUCGGCAGAGGGCUAUCAUUUUUGUCACUUUUAGGCUUUUUGCUGGUGUUUAUGUUUAGUUGUCGAGGAUUUCAAAUCUCCAAAGCAAUAUGUUUAGGUUAAAAACUGGAUUGUAAUGACAAUAAUACAGCUCUCUUCUCUUUUAUGUGUUACUAACAGGUUGGGUACUUGGUAGUAAGAAUCUCUCAUUAGUGUCGAGUAAUGCUAAAACAUUCUCUCUUGGCUUUUAGAUCUGAGUUUAUACGAAUUAAGGACUGGAAACACUUCGAACUUCAGUGUUUUCUCCUCCAAC